GAGAGAGAGUGUUUUCUUACUUCCGACGAAGCGAUGUUGUUAAACCCUAACAAUGGCGGAAUCGACGAAAAGAAGAAGAAGAAAGCGAAGGUGGUUGUGAUAAUGGGUCCAACAGGAUCUGGGAAAUCGAAGCUAGCCGUUGACUUGGCGUCUCAAUUUCCGGUGGAGAUCAUUAACGCCGACGCAAUGCAGAUCUACAGUGGCCUCGACGUUCUCACCAAUAAAGUCACCAUCAACGAGCAGAAAGGAGUGCCUCAUCAUCUACUAGGCACGGUGAGUCCAGAUAUGGAGUUCACUGCUAAGGAUUUUCGAGACUUCACCAUUCCUCUUAUUGAGGAGAUUCUUUCUCGCAAUCACAUUCCAGUUCUUGUUGGAGGAACAAACUAUUAUAUACAGGCUGUUGUGAGUAAGUUUCUUCUUGAUGAUUCAGCUGAAGAUAUCGAGGAGUGCUGUUCAAAUGUCGUCGCUUCAGUGGCUAAUGAAGCGUUGGAUGUUGUGUCUAUCUCUGGGAGAAAUGAUUUUAGUGAUGGCUAUGAACUUCUUAAAGAGCUUGAUCCUGUGGCAGCAAACAGAAUUCACCCUAACAAUCACAGAAAAAUUAAUCAAUACCUGAGCUUGCAUGCUAGUAAAGGAGUUCUUCCGAGCAAGCUAUAUCAGGGAAAGACUGCAGAGAACUGGGGAUGCAUCGAUGCCUCUCGUUUCGAUUACUGUUUUUUAUGUAUGGACGCUGAAACCUCGGUACUGGAUAGAUAUGUUGGAGAAAGAGUAGAUUCCAUGGUAGAUGCUGGACUACUUGAUGAAGUAUAUGACAUCUACAAACCAGGAGCUGACUAUACGAGAGGUAUAAGGCAGUCCAUAGGUGUCAGAGAGUUUGAAGAUUUCCUGAGUAUGUAUCUCUCUAACAGAGGUGCUGGUCAGUUAACGAGCUCAAGCGAGGAUGAUAAGGUUAUGAAGGAGAAUCUGAGGAAGAUUCUGGAUUUUCCAGAAGAUGAUAAGUUGAGGAUUAUGUUAGAUGAAGCAAUUGAUAGGGUGAAGUUAAAUACAAGAAGGCUCCUUCGUCGUCAAAAAAGGAGAAUCAAUCGGCUACAAAUGAUCUUCGGCUGGAAUAUUCAUCACAUUGAUGCAACAGAGUGCUUACUAAGCAAAUCUGAAGAGUCAUGGGAUGCGCAAGUGGUUAAACCUGCGUCAGAGAUUUUGAGGUGUUUCUUGAAGACAGAAACUGAAUUGGGUCAUGAUUCAAAGUCAAUUGAAAGAGAUCUAUGGAGUCAAUAUGUUUGUGAGGCUUGUGGAAACAAGGUACUAAGAGGAAGACACGAGUGGGAGCAACACAGACAAGGCCGUGCACAUCGUAAGAGAACCACUCGACUCAAAAAGGCUGAAACUUUGAAAAGCAGAGAGACGCAACAACAAGAAGAAGACGAAGUGGGGAUUGGCAUUGCAGAGAGACAUCAUGAAAACUGAAAAAGGUUAGGACCCAUUGAAAAAGAAGGCCCAUCAAGUAAAACUCUAUUUUUUGUUUUGUUUUGUUUUUUUGUUGCACUUGCUAAAUUGAAUUAUCUCGUUUCUGAAAGGAUGUAUUUGAUAGAAUACUUUACUCAA